AUGGUUCGCCAGUGGCCACACACACACAAUUGGUUUGAAAUAUUUUGGUUCUUUGUCAUGGAGGCCUUGUGGAAGCUUUUAUAUUUGCUGGAACCUGCUCCUGUUACCCUCAUAGUGACAGCAGUAGCUGUAACGUUUGGAUCUGCUUUUCGAGCUUUAAAUUAUGGGAAAGAAAUGGAGAGGAACCGUGACUUGUCGGAAGCAUCCAUUACUUUGGAUAGGUCCCAAGCACUAAUGAUCCCAAUAAUGAGUUCUUGCAGUUUGCUAUUGAUGUUUUACCUGUUUUCGUCUGUCUCACAACUCCUUACUGCAUUCACAGCCGUUGCCUCUGUUUCAUCCCUUUUCUUCUGCCUCUCUCCUUUUGCUACCUAUAUAAAGUCACAUUAUGGUUUGGCAGACCCGUUUGUGUCCCGUUGCUGUGCAAAGUCAUUUACACGAAUCCAAGGGUUAUUGUUGGUGUCAUGCUUUCUUACCGUUGCAGCUUGGCUUGUUUCUGGGCAUUGGAUAUUGAACAAUCUGUUGGGUAUUUCAAUUUGCAUUGCAUUUGUGAGUCAUGUACGCCUUCCGAACAUCAAAAUAUGUGCAAUGCUCCUUGCAUGCUUGUUUGUAUAUGACAUAUUCUGGGUAUUCUUCUCAGAGAGAUUUUUUGGUGCCAAUGUCAUGGUGUCAGUGGCAACGCAACAAGCAUCAAAUCCUGUUCAUACGGUGGCUAAUAGUUUGAGUCUUCCAGGUUUGCAAUUGAUCACAAAGAAGCUUGAGUUGCCAGUGAAAAUAGUAUUUCCCAGAAAUUUGUUGGGUAGUGCAGCUUCAGGAGGAAAGGCUGCAGAUUUCAUGAUGCUUGGUCUUGGGGACAUGGCUAUCCCUGCUAUGCUUCUAGCACUAGUCCUUUGUUUUGACUACCGAAAGGGCAGAGAUCCCGUGAAUCUCUUAGAUUUACAUUCUUCCAAGGGACAUAGAUAUAUAUGGUAUGCUCUUCCUGGAUACGCCAUUGGAUUGGUAACCGCUUUAGCUGCUGGUGUUCUGACUCACUCACCCCAACCUGCACUUCUCUAUCUGGUGCCUUCUACACUCGGACCUGUUAUCGUCGUCUCUUGGAUUAGGAGGGAUCUGCCUGAGUUGUGGGAAGGAAGCAUGUCUAAUGGCAAUGACAAAGCACGUCAAAUAGAAGUUUGA